UUGCGAAACUCCCGAGUAGGAGGGAGCUACUCUGCAAAGCCUGCUGAAAGAAGAAAGGAUAAAAAAAAAAAAGAAAAAAUACCUUAAAAACUGAAACCUUAAACGCCAAUCCUAAAAAAAGCAAAUCAACACGUACUGGAAUACCUUUUUUGUAACGCUAAUAUAUUCAAUGUGAAGAAAGUAUUUAUACUUUUUUUUCUAUUUGCACUAACCAACGGUACUUCAGAACUACUGAGCAUUUUUAUUUUUUACAACUGGAAAGCUCUAUCACACCCUGUGGAAGGACAUCACUUUUACAAAACCAGCACUUUUGAUUUUUUGCCUCCCCUGCCUGGAGCACGUUUGUGGUGCCGAACACGGAUAAACAAAGCCAAGCCGGUGGACGCGUUCAAGGUCAGAGCCAGCUAAUCUCCACUCACCUGGCACACUUCAGCAGUUCGCUAUGCAGCUUGAAAUCCAAGUAGCUCUCAACUUCAUCAUCUCGUACCUGUACAACAAGCUGCCGAGGAGACGGGUCAACAUCUUUGGCGAGGAGCUGGAACGGCAGCUGAAGCAGAAGUAUGAAGGACACUGGUACCCGGAUAAGCCAUACAAGGGCUCAGGAUUCAGAUGCAUCCACGUGGGUGAGAAGGUGGACCCCGUGGUGGAGAAGGCAGCGAAAGAGAGCGGGCUGGAGAUCGAAGACGUCCGCAACAAUCUGCCCCAGGACCUCAGCGUGUGGAUUGACCCCUACGAGGUGUCCUACCAGAUUGGUGAGAAGGGGCCAGUCAAAGUGUUGUACGUUGAUGACAGCAAUGAAAGUGCAGCUGGAAAUGGAGGGGUUGACCUGGACAAGGAGAUCAAGAACAGUUUCAACCCAGACGCACAGGUCUUUAUGCCCAUCAGUGAGCCUUUGAACGGGACCUCUCCAGGCUCCAGCUCUCCCUCUCCACCUUUUGGCCACUCGGCGGCAGUCAGCCCUACCUUCAUGCCCCGCUCCACUCAGCCUUUAACCUUCACAACAGCCACCUUUGCAGCUACCAAGUUCGGCUCCACUAAGAUGAAGAGCAGCGGACGCAACGGCAACAGCGGCACCGUUGCUGGGAACAAAGUGGCACGUACCUCUCCCACCAACUUGGGCCUGAAUGUGAACAGUCUCCUGAAACAGAAAGCCAUUUCCACCUCCAUGCACUCGCUGUAUGGGCUGGGACUCGGGGUGCAGCAACAGCAGCACCAGAAGCCCUCAGCCCUGUCCCCCAAUGCCAAGGAGUUUGUGUUCCCCAGUCUGCAGGGCCAAGGCAGUCAGAGUGCUCUGUUCCCCGCAGACAGUUCACUGCAGUACAGCAAUGCCUUCGAUGUGUUUGCGGCCUACGGUGGCCUUAAUGACAAGUCCCUUAUGGAUGGCUUGAGUUUCAGCUUAGGCAACAUGCAGUAUUCUAACCAGCAAUUCCAGCCAGUCAUGGCCAACUAGUACAUAUAAAGGUACUACCUAAGCUACUACUUCAUAUGGAAACGACCAGAGAUAAUGUGAUGGGGAAACAAACACAAAUGCACAUAAAAAAAAAAAAAAGUUUAAACAAAAACAGAAUGUCAAAUACAAAAGGAAAAAAAAAGGCUUGUAACCUGUAAAAGUUUCAAGUCUAAGAGCAUGAGCCCGAGGGUGAAUUACUUUAUCCCCUUGAGUUAAACUUCUUUUUGUUUUAUUUCAUUUUUUUUCUAAUAAAGCUUGUAGUACAAGUUGUCCAAGCUUGGUUACCUAAACUUUAAAAUGCAUUAUUGUCAUUUCUUUUGCCAACCAAGCACAAAAUAUUUUUUUAUGUAACUGUUUUAAGAUACAAAAA